CUGUGGUGCAAAGAGGAAGAGCUGAUAAGGCAACUUGCUGCAUAUUGUUGGUAAAUGGGAGGGUAAAAAUGGGUUUGGCUUCUGGAGUGACGCAUUUCUUUCCAUGGAGAGAAAUGAAACUUUGGAGAUUCUCACUGCCGUUCAGAGCUGAAAUGGAGCUGCCAGGAAAUCAAAUGGAUUCUGUAAAGUUCUGCUGCGCCAUCUGUUUGGACCUGCUGAAGGAUCCGGUGACUAUUCCCUGUGGACACAGCUACUGUAUGAACUGUAUUAAAGGCUUCUGGGAUGGAGAGGAUCAGAGGAGAAGCUACAGCUGCCCUCAGUGCAGACAGACCUCCAAGCCGAGGCCUGUUCUGGUGAAAAACGUCAUGUUAGCAGAGUUGGUGGAGGAUCUGAAGAAGACUGGACUCCAAGCUGCUCCAGCUGAUCACCACUAUGCUGGACCUGAAGAUGUGGCCUGUGAUGUCUGCACUGGGAGGAAGAUGAAAGCUGCCAAGUCCUGUCUGGUCUGCUUGGUGUCUUACUGUGAGAAUCACCUCCAGCAUCAUUAUGAGGUCCCUGGACUGAAGAAGCACAAGCUGUUCAAUCCCUCCAAGAACCUCCAGGAGAACAUCUGCUCUCGCCAUGAUGAGAUGAUGAAGACCUUAAUGUCUGAAUUUGAAACAGUCUCAGCUGCAGCAGAAAGGGCUGAGAAGCAGAAGGAGCUCCAGGUGAGACGACAAAAAAUCCAGCAGAGGAUCCAGGACCAAGAGAAAGAUGUGAAGCUGCUUCAACAGGAGGUGGAGGCCAUCAAUGUCUCUGCUGAUAAAGCAGUGGAGGACAAUGAGAAGAUCUUCACUGAGAUGAUCCGUCUGAUCCAGAAAAGAAGCUCUGAUGUGAAGCAGCAGAUCAGAUCCCAGCAGGAAACUGAAGUGAAACGAGUCAAAGAGCUUCAGGAGAAGCUGGAGCAGGAGAUCACUGAGCUGAAGAGGAAAGACGCUGAGCUGGAGCAGCUCUCAGACACAGAGGAUCACAACCAGUUUCUCCUCAACUACCCCUCACUGUCAGCACUCAGUGAGUCUACACACUCAUCCAGCAUCAAUAUUCGUCCUCUGAGAUACUUUGAGGAUGUGACAGCAGCUGUAUCAGAGCUCAGGGAGAAACUACAGGACAUCCUGAGACACACAGGGACAAACAUCUCCCUUACUAUCACUGGAGUGGAGGUUUUAUUGUCAGAACCAGAACCAACGACCAGAGCUGGAUUCCUAAAAUAUUCACAGGAAAUCACUCUGGAUCCAAACACGGCACAUAGACAACUUUCACUGUCGAAGGCGCACAGAAAAGUGACUUUUAUGAAGAAACCUCAGUCUUAUUGUGAUCAUCCAGACAGAUUUACAUUUUAUGAUCAGGUGCUGAGCAUCCAGAGUCUGACUGGACGUUGUUACUGGGAGCUGGAGAGGAGAGGUGACGCAAUUUAUGUUGCAGUUUCAUACAAGGACAUCGGCAGGGAUGGGACUUCAGAUGAAUGUGUGUUCGGAUUCAAUAACAAGUCCUGGGUGUUACAUUGUUACACAAAGGGUUACACAUCUUUGCACAACAGAGUUAAAUCUCCAGUAUCAUGUCCAGUUUCCUCCAGAAUAGGAGUGUACCUGGAUCACAGAGCAGGUAUUCUGUCUUUCUACAGUGUCUCUGACACCAUGACUCUCCUCCACAGAGUCCAGACCACAUUCACUCAGCCUCUACAUGCUGGAGUCAGGCUUUUUGAUGAGGGAAACUCUGCUGAGUUCAAAAUACCUGAAUAGACCAA